CCAGCCAGUGCCGCCGCGCCUUCUGUCGUGUGCGGAUGUAAACCGUUGACGUCACCGGCGUUCUCCUACAUCCUCCGCACUGUUCGCUUGACAUUUUAUGCGCAUAGCGCGCAGCGCAACCGAUUCGCCCGUGAAGCUUUAUUUAUAAACAAAUUGUGUGUUAAUAAUAUCAUUCAAUGUCAAUACCGAUUAAUUUAAUAAUAUUAAUACAAUUGUGUAAUUUGUAAAAUGCGAUGAUAUAAUUUCUUUAUUGUCAUCGUAAUGUGAAAGCGCACGUGAUAAUUAAUGGUGACAGGAUGUUAUAUAAAAAUGCGGUAGGCAAGUCAUUAAUGGACCAGUUAUUUUGUGAAGUGACAUUGACCUUUUAUGGAGAACAAUACCGUUAUAUACCUAGGUAUAUACAAAAAUUAUGACGUUCUCCUAAAGCUUGCAUUACGCACUUUUAAGGUAAUUAAAUAAGUGUCAGCAAACAGUUAGUGUGGUGAUCGUGCUUCAAUUCGAGUAUGGGAAGAAGAAACAUCAGUAUGAUGCGUCUGGGCAGAUGCGUCGCCUUCUUAGCUGCAGCGGCAUUCUUACUGCCUUUCACAAUACUGCUGAUGGUGGCUGAUCAGCAGUAUCACCUAACCUACAAUUCCAAGCGGGUCUUCUAUCAAGAGAGCGACUUCUAUAAAAUAAACGGGACGUAUUAUGCGCCCACAUUCGUGAUAACCACACCUACAUUAUCACGGACUCAGUAUCUAUACGAGAAUGGUACUCACGAGGAGGGUCUGCUCACACGGGACAAAUUCAUGGAGGUGAACGCCAGGAUGGAAGCCAGACGAGAGUUCCUGAGGAGCGAGUGCUCCAGACUCGGGCUGGACAGCUCCAGCCGUAAAGCCUACGCAUGGGAAUACCUAAUCAACAGACAGUACCAUGUUAUAUGGUGCAACAUCUUUAAAGCAGCUUCCACAUCCUGGAUGUAUAACUUUAAUUUGAUGGCAAAUUACACUGCUGCCUUUCUCGAUAAAACUAAAGAGGUGCCACUAGAACUUGCUAGAAGGAAGUACGCUAGGCCGACGGUAGAAAUGAUCAAGAAGGCUCAGCCAGAUUCAAUUACGUUCCUUAUUGUUAGACAUCCUCUGGAGAGAUUAGCUUCAGCGUACAACGACAAAAUCGUGCAUGCAUGGCCCAAGUCUUUUCAUGAUAAAAUGGGACAAAGAAUAAUAAAAAAGUAUAGAAAGCAAUUAUCAAAAGCACAGCCAAUACCGACAGAAAGAUACCCGGUGUUCGAAGAGUUCGUUGCAUACGUGCUGGACGAGAGGAAAGCCAAGCGUGCCCUUGAUAUGCACUGGACACCAUACACCGACUUCUGUACACCUUGCAAGUUUAACUUCGACGUUAUUAUCAAGUUCGAGACAUUAGACGAGGACCAACGAUUCCUGAUCCAACUUGCUCGUCUUCAAGACGUUGUGAAGCCGGAAUGGCGUAAUAGUGGCAAAGGCACUAAUACAUUGCACAAUAUUAGCCAUUUAUACUCGCGCCUCAAAAAAUCACAACUUGAUGGCCUUUAUAAACUAUACAGAUAUGACUUUCAACUCUUCAAUUACACCAUAGACAGUUAUUAUGAAAUAGUGCAAGAGGACGAGUCAAGUAAUCAUGGAUGAGCUUUUUAUCCACAUGAGACUGCUUUAUCAUUAUGCUGUUCAUCAUGCGUAGACAGAAUAAUACUCAUCGAAAGUGGAUAAAGAAGGAUAUAAUUAAUCAAUGGCUAGAAGACUGAUCGUUAAUGAAUGGGCUAUCGAUCCAUUGGCAAGUGGAGAGUAGGGUCCGCUUUGCGUCAAUUUUCAUGUUCGUCGUUGUUGUGUAGCUAAGUAUAUUUUGUGAUACUAAGAGUUUUGCCAUUAGAGAAUUUUUGCCACACCAAUGAUUAGGUAUCUACUAGUACAGAUAUAGAUAUUAGGCAUCAACCCAAGGAGCUGCUGGAUAUCUAUUAAACUAAAUACGCAUUAACGUUUAUUCGAAUGUAUGAUAUUAAAAUUGAACUUCAUUAAUAAGUAUUUUAAUUGCACGCUGUUGUACAUCUAAGUAUGUAUUAAUAUAUAUCUAAAGGCAAUAUAGCAAUGUCAUAUUAAGGUCAUUUUAUUAAUAUCCGUUGAAUUUUGCUAAAUAUGAAUAGAAAAUAUUUGUAUCUGCAAUGAUAGGUAAAUUCCUAGUACAUUUUUGUGGUAUAUUAUUUUAUGUUUAUAUAACAGUAAAGACUACCAAUGUUAAAAGAGGCUAUACACGACGUGUCAAUGAGUAGAAUCAUGCCAGAUCCAUCAUACCUCUUAUCUAAAUACGAAUGCAUACCAUGAUAGUCGCUUUUUGAAACAUCUUUUAUAGGGCACCUUUAAGAUAGAGAUCUAUUAUUAGUAUUUUUGACAUAACUAAAAGUCAGGAAUUAUGCUAAUAUGAGUCUAGCCAGAUUCUAUUGCGAUUAUCUACUUUAUUAUUGUGGCAUAAUAACAUUUACAGAGUAUUAUACUUAUUGGUUACUUUUUUUGUUUAUAUUUAUUAUAAUUUAUAUAAAUGCACGUUAAAUCAAAUCAAAUUUAAUUCUGUUGUCUGAAUUCUCAUUAUAAUUUUUCGAAGCAAGACUUUGAUUCUAUAAUUACAUAAUAUUUAAUAUACUAUUAUGUAACAAAAAAUUGUUUACAAAUGCCAAAAUAAUCUUAGAGGUAUAAAUGGGUAUCUUUUAUAUUUUAUUUUUAAUAAAUAAUCUCACAAUACCUUUUUCAAGCAUACGAAAAAUAAAGUUAAGUGUUGUUGUAAAUAAUAAUUAUAAACUAGUGUACUUGUAAUAAAGUGCUGAAAUGUGAAUGUAGAAUAACUGCUAAAUUUAGUUGAUAUUGGCAAAAUGAAACACUGUAAAUAUAUUUUAGUUUUGUACUGCAAAUACAAAAUUCCUUAGUGCUUCCAUAAGAUAUAGAUUUAUGGAAAUAGAAGGUAGUAUCGUAAACGAUAUAAUGUUCGUUAUAAUAUUUGAAAGUAUGUGUAAAAUAUUUGUUAUUAUCCAUUUAAUUACAUGACAGAAGAAAAUAUAAAUGUACCAACUUAUAUUAGGUACUUAGUCAUUAAAUAGUACUUUAGCACGUACGUGACUAUCUAUAUAGAAAAAAUAUAUAAUACAGAACAACUAAGCUGCGAAAUUGUAAAGAAUUUCCAGACUUUUUGCCUUCAUUAAAAAUUAGGAAUUAGUUAAGUACUUACAUUAAGCUACAUGACUCAUGGUAAACCUUUGUUAAUAAACAAAGUUGCAUUAACCUAUUACUGAAUUACAGUUAAUAUGUAGCGACAAUUGUUAACAUGUUAGCGUUAUGAGAUUUAUGAUAAUAUGGUGCAAUAACAAAAUAAUUUACUUAACUAAACUUUUUAGCCGAACUUCCUCGGGUAACGUUUCUACAUUCAGCAGCCAGUUUGGAGAAGAGAGUUUUAUUUGCAUACUGUUUUUCGUACGGAUGUUAACCAUCAACAAUGGUUUACCAUAAAUAGAUACGUGGCUUAAGUCGGAAUAAGAGUAUUAUGAAUUAAUCUCAAUUGAACAUAACGCAAUCCAUCCACCAAACUCGUAUUAGUCCAUUCACAAUUCACGUUUGUUCACUGUAGAUAGUUUUCACAACAGCAAUUAAUAAAUACAUGCAUUAUAAAUAUAUAUCGUAAUAAUGGACUAAUGGUAAUAUAUACUUAACACAAUUUUAUAUAAUCAAUGCUUUUCGCGUACCGAUUAUGGAAAUUAUGUAGUUAUAAUAAACAUAAUAUGCGCAAAGCAUACUGAAUAAUAUAAUAAUAUGUAAAUCAGAAUUAUCGAGAAUUGUGAAUCACAAUCUUCAUGUUGCUAAGCAAGCGUAUCUAAUUCCUACCAGAUCCUGAUCUAGGGGCGUUAGCCGGGCAAAUUUUCAGGGCAGCAAAAUAAAUUUAGAAGUUUAUGUUCAUUAUAUCUAAACGCCAAAUUUUAAUUUUUUUCCGAUUGGAGAAAAAUAACUAGGUCCGGCACUGGUGGGGAUGUAAGCUACAGUAGCCGCUUACUAUUGGACGAAGAUCAUCAUAUAGAAAACAGAAUAAGCAUAGAAAUAACUAGUAAACAAUUUGUAUAACGAUAACGCACAUUUAUUAAUGUAUAAGUAUAUAGAUUAUAUAUAGGGUAUAAUAAAAAGGCGUAAUAAUUUAAAAUCAAAUGUGAGUUUAUAAAAUUGAACAAAUUUCCCAACAAAUCCAUAUUUCUUAUUACUAUUAUUCUUCUUAUUAUUUUUCUAUCAUUCUUAUUAGUAUUUUAUAUAUUUAUUAUACAAUAUUUUCAUAUAACAACCGAUAUUGUAUACGAAAACAUUCUUUUUAUCGACUUCCCAGAGAAGAUUCUCAAUUCAGCUAUUCUGUAUGAACGUUGCGCAACUAUGUCGCAAAUUAUGAAUGAAUUUUGAUAAUUAUUUUUACAAUUGAUAGAUUUUAUUUCCGUGUUAUUUCUUUAUUAAACUGGUGGCGAUAAGUUUAAUUUUCGAAACAAAAAAUGCCUGUUGCGAAACAAAAUCUAAUUUUGGAUAUGAUUAUGCAUUCUAAAAUAUGUAUAUUUUCAAAAUAACAUGUCUAAGAAAUCUCUUGCUCAAAAUUUAUUUAAUAAGGAGGAUAGUGCUAACUAUCUAAGCUAUCAAUAUUAAAUUCGUUGUAAUACACUAAUUGGCGCUUUUGUUGAGAAAAGUGUAGAUACGAGUACAUAUGAUAGCUAAAAAUUAUUUUCAUUAUUCUAUCCAUGGCGAAAGUUGAUCAUUUUCAUACGCACCUAUACCUAUCUACUAUAGCUGGAUAUCAGAUUGCUGCCCUUUCCGUUAUACCCUGUAUAUAUUUGCAUUAGAAUGAUGCCAUCCGUUCGAAACAUCUGCAUAAUAAUGAUCUUAUUAUUUGUAAGUACAAAUUAUUUAUAUUCAAUAAAAACAAUUAUUAGAUACGCAUGUUGCUAAAUUGUUGUAGUUGAUAAUUAAAGAUUAUAACGUUUGUAAUGUUUUUAAUGUCAUAAUAGUUACCGUGUUUUCAUUUUAAUUAUACCUAAGUGUAUGUAUUCACCACUACAGACAGUUUUCAUAAGUGGUGAUUAUGUAUAGAAUAGAAUAUCUUCAAUACCAUAGUCGCAGACUCUAAUCUGCGUUGUUCAUCAGUUUAUUGUGUUAGCAUACAAGUACAGGCUUCUGUAACACCAUGAUAGCCACAUACACCUAAGCAUCGCUGUAUAUGUAAUCUGUUUUAUAUACUUCCUUGGCCUCUUUAAUAAACAAUUUCAGCAUUUCAUAUAUUUAAUAUUUAUUUGUAAUGAUUCAAAUAUCAUUACAAUUGUUCUCGUAUGGUAUGUUCUAGUUUUUUACGAAGUCAAUAGCUCUCCGUAUAAAUAGUCAUAAUGUUAUUAUAAUAUGUAAUUAGAAUAUUGUGUAUUUUUUUUUAUAUUUAUCUGAUAAUUAUCUGUCAAGUUAAAUCAUUUGAGAAGUUACUCCUUUUGCAGUACAUAUAAGGUACUAGAAAUAUUAAUGUUGAUAUAUUUUUUUUAAGUAUUUAUUCGUUAAAUUUUGUAUUGUUUUAUGAUAAUUACAUUGUGUAUGGUUACAUGAUGCACAUUUUAUAUUUAUUUCUUAUGCAAAUGUGUAAAUGAUAAAUUGAAUGUUAUCUAAUAAAGUAGUAUUUUUUUUAAUAUACGCAAUAUCAUAACUAUUAAUUAAAUAAUAUUUUUUUGUCGAAAUUUAAAAUAAUUCCUUCCAAUAAGUUGUAGUAAACAAUAAACAGGCAUUAUCGUAGUUAGAUGUAUGCUUAAAAACGUCAAAAUAAAUGGUGUAGAUGUUUCUGUCUAUUGUUCAGACUAGAUAGUCUAUUAAUCUAAAAAUUACUAUUCCUUGAAAUAGCUAUUAUAAAUAGUAAUGGCAUUUGAGGUUUACAAACUAUAACAUUUAGUUCCAUUUUAUAAUAUGGGUCUAGUCUUAGGGUUACAUUGAGUUUAAAUUAAACACCCAACUUCAUAAAAAUAUCUCAAAAUAUGAGCUCAUUCAUAUAUUGUAUUAAAUUAUUAGCAAACCAGUUUUCACGAACUUUAAAAUUUAAUGUUUAUGAAAAUAUGAAAUAUCUAAUGUUGUAUUUAUACGGUACAAUAAUGAACAGUAAAACAAAAAAAGAUGUUGCUUAUAAAAUAAAUUUGUGACCAGGGCCUGAUUCAGGGUGGGGGUAUGUAAAAACAUAACUGGCUGUUAUAAAGAAGGUUAAAUAUUAUUUUGCCCGGAACGGCAAAAUUGUUAGAUUGGGAACUGGUUGUGGCACAUGCAAAUGUAUGCAAUAUUAAUAAAAUUACCAAAAAUGUAAUAUAAUAUAAUUUGCUUUCGCUGUUGUGUUUAUAUGUACAAGCGUUAUAGUUAGUAUGGAAAGAAUAUUAGACCAAAAAGAUAUGGCCUAUGAUUGUAACUGAAAUGGUGCUAUAGUCCUUUAGAUUUUGAUCUCAUAUCAAAUUGUGAGAUGCGGAUGCAGUAAAACUUGUUGCUAAUUAUGUGUUAUGUUAUAGAUUCCAACGGUAACUGAAUUGGUUGUGUUUACAUAAUGUUAAACAAAUAAAUAUUCUUAGUACUUAUAGAAAAAUAAAUUACCUAUUUAAUAUUUCA